AUGGCUGCGAGUGGAGGCGUGUUCGCCUACAAGCACAGCGGUCAAACAUGUCGAUGGCACGUUCGCUUCCCUGGUACGACACACAAGGAUUUUGUGGCAUCUGUAGGGAAUGAAGAGCGAGAGGAUGCAGAGGUGCUCCUUGCCAUACUGCGGUCGCUGGAACCUGCUGAACGCGACAAUAAGGCCCUUCGGGACAUUUGCAAAAAGCAGCUAAGCCGCCUCCAGCAGGAGAGGUGGAGGAACGAUACCGCGCCGGAGGAUGCACCUGCGGCGUCAAGGGCAACCUCUCCACUUCAGCUGGAGUUGGAUUGUGAGUUGUGCUAUGAAGUUUUCAACGAGACAGAUCGCGCACCUGUCGUGGGCAUUUGUGGACACACUUUCUGUCAGGCGUGCAUAAAACAGCUUAUGGGCGAGCGUCAGAGUUACGAUUGUCCGACCUGUCGAAAGACCUGCAAGAGUGACGAGUGCGCCAAGAACAUUUGGCUUGUUCAGAACCUGGCAGCUCUUCUUCAACAACGAGACUCAGUGAAGCUGUCAGUGCCGGCGUGCUCCGAGCCUCCGUCCGCGAAGCGGCAGCGCACAGAGCGAGACGAGCCAAUUUCUACUGUCCAUAGACAGCCAGAGUUCUCUCCACAACCUGAGCGAGAGGCGGCUUGCCCAGGCGCCGACCAUGGCAGCUCAAACCAUGGCACGGAUAGUGUAUCGUCUUCUUCCCAGCAUACUUGGUGGGCAGUCCAGAUUUCCUCGGAGCCACCGUUGCUGCCAUCCGGAUGGUCGCAGUGCAAAGACGCAGCAAGCGGACGUGUCUACUAUUGCAAUGAACGCACAAGGCAGAGCUUCUGGGACCUGCCAGCCGCUUUGCCACCAGGAUGGGACCAGGCCCUGGACAAGAGCAGUGGACGUGUCUACUACUACAAUGAACGCACAGGGGAGAGGUUCUGGGACCUGCCAGCCCCUUUGCCACCAGGAUGGGACCAGGCCCUGGACAAGAGCAGUGGACGUGUCUACUACUACAAUGCACGCACAGGGGAGAGGUUCUGGGACCUGCCAGCCGCUUUGCCGCCAGGAUGGGACCAGGCCCUGGACAAGAGCCGUGGACGUGUCUACUAUUACAAUGCACGCACAGGGGAGAGGUCCUGGGACCUGCCAGCCGCUUUGCCGCCAGGAUGGGGCCAAUACCUGGACAAGCGCAGCGGACCCUAA